AUGGAGGACCUUACCCAAGCAGUGCUCCCCCAAGAACAGCUGGCGCUCUGCGCUGACCCGAAUCGGGUGGUGCUGCAAGCGACGCUGCCCGAGUUCGACGCCCAGGGUCUGGUCGACCGUCAAGGGCACCGGAACCUCGGGACUAUCCAGAUUCCCGGGGUAGACGAGGCGACCGGCUGCACUCCGAGGGCCUCCGACGGGGAUGCCGCCAGUGGCAGGCCGCAGGCGAGCGGCAGGGGGGCUGCGGGCGGCCGGGCGCAAACCAGCGGCGCGGGCGCCACGGGCGGAAGGCCACAGGCCGGACGUGGGGGUGCCGCAGGCAGUAGCCAUCAGGCUGGCGGAGGAAGCGCCACCAGCAGUGGAGCGGCGGCGGCGUCGGGGGACAAAGGAAAACGCCCCCGGGCGUUCGUGCCCCAAGCGACAUCCUCGCCACCCAAGGACGCCGCUGGGGAUGAAAGGCGACCGGAAGGGCCAAGGCUGGCUCCCGCCCUAGAGCCUAGCGCGCCUGAGCCGAGCGCACCGACCGAGCCAGAGCUGCAGGCGCUACCGAGCCCUGAGCCGAGGGCAGCGGCUGCGCCCGAGCCGCCGACGCCGACCGAGCCUGCCCCUAGUACUUCAAGGGCAGGGAAGAUGGUCGCGGUGAGGGCGGCUCCCCCAAGGUAG